UGUUAGCUUCACAGAGGAAUUAACUUCCUGAAACAAACAAAUAUCAGCUCUUGUGAAAAAUAUCUACUUUCGGUUGAUCGGAAAACCUCCGUCAGCCCAGAGCCAGAGUCACUAACCGGUAAACAGCCGGUAAAGGGGCUUUGUAACGGAAACCGCUGUUAGCUCCAGUUAGCCUAGCUCCGGAGGACCGUGUGAUGGGGGCGCAGCGCAGUGAGGGAGGCCGGGAAGGGCUGCUGCUGGACGGGGAGCAGGAGGAGCAGAGACCGGCGCCGUGGAACCUGAUGAUCAAACACCGACAGAUCCAGCGCAGAGGACGCCGCUCACACAUGGCCGUCAGCUACACAGACCCUCAGGUGUCGAUGGAUCUCUUGAGGGCGGUGCUUCAGCCGAGCUUCAACGAUGACAUCAUGGCCGUGUUCAGGAAGUACCAUAAGUUCUUUGACAAAGCGGCGCAGAACGUGAAGGAGAAUGUCAGCGAGGAGGUGCAGACGGAUCAGCUGAUCAGAGAGGCCUGCAGGAACGCUCUGGAACACGCCAAACAGCUGUUUCCAGAAGCGGAGGUGAAGAGGGCGGGGCCAGAGGCCGCCAUCAAGAGGGCCAGAGCUGCUGAUGAGGACUACAGUCAGAGAGGAAGCCCCGCCCCUAAGAAGAGGAGGGCUCGUCCAGUUGCAGCGGCGUCUGAUCGAGCUCAUGGCUUCCCCUCUCAAGCAAAGCCCAAGUCUGACUCCAUCAAGAAAGAAGGUCCAAAGUGGGAACCCUCCAGACUGAAUGAAGGCAGCACGUUCGUUCUGGGCUCCAGAGCCAACAAGGCGCUGGGGAUGGGCGGGACCAGAGGACGCAUCUACAUCAAACACGCUGACCUGUUCAAGUAUGCAGCGGACGCCAAGGAUAAGCAGUGGCUGGCAGAGCGACAUCACAUGAGAGCGACCGGAGGGAAGAUGGCCUACCUGCUGAUCGAGGAGGACAUCCAGGAUCUGGCCCGCAGCGACGACUACAGGGAGGGUCCGGAGGUGAGGAUGGACGAGUUGAAGCCGUUCUCUGUUCCUGUUUGGAUGGUGGAGAAGAUGCAGAGAGCCAUGGAGGCGCAGAGGGACAUCGACCACUGACACACACACCGACCCCCCCCUCACACACACACAAUUACAUUCACUACCCUCUGACCCCCCCCCCCCCACACACACACAAUUACAUUCACU